UUGUCAUGAAUUGGCUCUUCAAUGAAUCAAAAAAGAAGUUUCAUAGCAGAGAAGACUUUCUUGUUUCAGCAGACCAAUAUAUUAAGGAGAAGGGACCUGAAGCUUUGGAGAAACUACUUGCUAGGAAGUUGAGGAGCACAAAACCUAAUGUUGAAGUGAAAGAGAUCAAAGCACCUGCAGCACCGGAGAAAAAAGGGGAACAGUGGAAGUGUGAAGAGCCUAAUGUUGCAGAAAAGGAGAUCCAAGUAGUCAAAGUAACAGACAUAAAAAAUGGGGGGAUGGAGCAAAGAGGUGUGAAGGUGCAAAUGGUGCUAAGAAGGAGAUCAAAGUGAUGGAAGUAACACAGAUAACAUUUGGUAAUACAGCACAGUGGGUUAAACAAACAGAGAUAAAUCUUGGUGAAACUAGAAGUAAUACAACCUGUGUUGUGGAGAUAAAGAAAGGGCAGCAACACUGGUGGCUGCAGAAAUUGAGGCAUGUAGAUACAAUAGAACCCCCGAGAUACCUCUGCAUAAGAAAGUCCAGAAAGAGUGGGCUUGUGCUGUAUGCCAGUUCACAACCCAAAGUGAAGUGACCUUCAAUUCCCACCUUCAAGGGAAGAGACAUCAGGCCACUUCUGAGCAGUUGAGAGCCAAAAACCAGGCAACCAAAACCAAUUGUUCCCCAUCUGCUUCAAAGGCCAAGAAAUCUGAUCAGUCCACCAAAGAGGAGCAACCGAAGUGUCCUUCCAACAAUCUGAAUUCCAAAAACAAUGGAAUCUCAGCUGCUUCAACAGUGAAGAAACCUGACGAGACCAAAGAUGAUGAGCAACAAAAGUGUGCAUCCAGCAAUGGACCAAACCAGAAGAAUAACAAAAAGCAAGAGGAGAAGGUGCUAGUUCUUGAGACCAAUGAGCAAGGCCAUCAGAAUAAUUUUGAUCCACGAUCCCACAUUUAUUUUGGGUCUCACAAGUUUCAAAUUUGCAGAAAAAUGAAAGAUGUUUGAGAGAAAAUAAAAUCAUAUUGCACUACUGUUAGGAAAAAUAUGGCUGAAUCCAAUUGCUUUUCUUCUCCAA